CAGUGCCGAAGCACGGGUCACAAUGCAGCCCUCCCCCUUGACACCCUGGCCCGAGCGAGCUGCAGACACCUGCCCGGCUCCUCCUGGACCGGAGCGACCUCUCGUGGCCAGGGCUCUGGCAACCGCUGCCAGCCUGGGACGGGCCUCAGCCUCCGGCAGAGCGCCCCGGGGCCUGGACAUGAGUGCCCAGGAGCCCCCGCAGGGUCGGAGAUUCCCCAUUGAGGCCGGAGACUCCCCUGGCCUUGCCGCCGCCCCCGAGUCCCAGGACAACCCGGAGCCGGUAGCUACCGAGCACAACCCGGUCAGGCCGCUGCGACGCUGCCCCGGCUGCCACUGCCUGACGCUGCUGCACGUGCCUAUCGACGUCUACCUGGCCAUGGGCGGGAGCCCGCAGGCCCGCGAUACCUGAGCGCCUCUGCACAGGGCGGCUCCGCGGGAGCCGGGCGGGACGAGGCCGCACGCGCCGAGCACGAGAAAAUGAUGCACAUUUUAAAAUAAAAGAAUGAUGCACAUUUUAAUAAAGCACAGCAUAAACUGUUCUUUCCA